AUGGAACCCUAUAUGCUUUACUCGGAUUCUGAAUGCAUGCGUUGCGGCGUGGUGAAGCCAACCUGCUUGUCCCGCCACGCGUGCAUGAUAGUCUCCAAAGAAGACCACAUGGACAAGCCCGACUCUAAUACCUCAAUCAGCAUGGAUUCCAUCUCCGGCGCUUUCACCAGUUUAUCAUCAUCCAGUCGAGUUUCUCCUGGUCCUACCCCAGAAGAUAUCGCUAUCGCCGAUCGCAAGAUGCUUGAUAAACUGACAGAGGAUCUUGCCGAAGUGAGGUCAAAGAUCCAAAAGACUUCAAAAGACAUUGCUCGACAAGAAAGAAUUAUAAAAGUCACACUCGAGCAGCAGAAGUUCGAGAAGGAUCUUCUCAGCCGUCCUCCCGGGGGAGACAUGCCCUGGGAAGCACUGGUGUCUCUUGAGUCGGUGGAGCGCCGGGAGGCCAAACUAGCUCUCGACCUGGACAACGCCACGGGGUUGAAGAGGCAGUUGGAGAAUGGCUUGUGUUGCAUGGAAGAGGAGUUGGAGAUCCUGGAGAAGGUGUUCCGGGAUUUUGAGGAGAGGUGUUCUCCUUAA